AUGGCGCUGCAGCAAGUGUGCGGACCCUCUCCGGGCUGGAAGGACUGCCUGUCAUCACCUCCAUCGCUGUCCGGACGCUCCCCCUUCUCCUCGGGGACCCUGGACUUCGAGGUGCCCCCGGGCCUGCAGCCUUCCGCGUUCCUGAAAUCCCUGGUGGGCAACAGGGAUGACCGCGUCCAGAUCAAGUUGUUCAAAGGCACCACUACCCUCGCCUUCAAUUUCCAACACGGUGUGGUGGUAGCCGUGGAUUCAAGAGCGACAGCCGGCAACUAUAUUUGCAGUCAAAUGGUAAACAAGGUCAUUGAAAUCAACCCCCAAUUAUUGGGUACCAUGUCGGGCUCUGCUGCUGACUGUCAGUACUGGGAGCGUCUGCUGGCCAAAGAAUGCAGGUUGUACCACCUACGUAAUGGGGAGCGGAUCUCAGUGUCGGCUGCCUCGAAGCUGCUUUCUAACAUGAUGUGUCAAUACCGUGGCAUGGGUCUGUCGAUGGGUAGCAUGAUCUGUGGCUGGGACAAAAAGGGUCCCGGUCUGUAUUACGUGGAUGAAGAUGGGGUGAGGCUCUCGGGAUUGAUGUUUUCCACGGGCAGCGGAAGGAACUACGCGUACGGGGUGAUGGACAGCGGCUACCGAUACGACCUCAGUCCCGAGGAGGCCUACGACCUGGGUCGCCGUGCCAUCGUCCACGCUACCCACCGCGAUGGCUACUCGGGCGGCAUGGUCAACAUGUACCACAUGAAACAGGAUGGCUGGAUCAAGGUAGAGCAGACGGAUGUCAACGACCUGCUUCUGUCCACCCUGGAAGCCCGAGUGUGA